UAGUCCCGGGGGGAAGAUGGGAUGACAGACGCUCCAAUGGAAAACUACGACUCCCAGUGUCCCUCGCGACAGCGCCUGCGCCUCGCAGCGGCGGGCGCUAAUUGGCCGCCGGCGCCGCCGCCAUUUCGCGCGUUGGCUCAAGGCCCGUAGCGGCGCGGCGCGCGGCAGGACUGGCUCCGCCCCCUUCGCCCGGUGCUGUGGACAGGCCGGUCCCGGGACGGGCCCGCUGCGGCCCCGUUCCCGCCCGGUGAGCGGGCAGGCCUCGGGCCCAGGCGCAGGAACCCAGCGGCGCCCCGCCGGCCCUCUACAAAGCCACCCAAUCAGCGCCCGCAGCGCACCUGACCGACAGCCGCCUCCGCCAAUCAGCGGCUUCCGCCGCGGAGGCCAAUCGGAAGGCGAGACGCAGCGGGGAGUGUGGCUGUGCGGGUCACGUGGGGAGCGCUCCGCCAAUCAGCGCCGCGCGACGCGGGGUCGCCCCGGCUCCCGCCAAGUACGAGCGGGACGGGCCGGGCGGGACCGGGCCCGGGAGCGGCGGGGGCUGCGCGGGCCGGGCCGGCCUCGGUUCGGCCGCCGCGGUUCGGCCACCGCCGCCAGCCGCGCCGGCCGCCGCCACAGCCAUGGAGUGCAGAGACAAAGCUGCUGUUCCUCCGCGGAAGCUCGUCCAAGCUCGGCUGCCCUUCAAGCGCCUCAAUCCUGUGCCAAAGGAAAAACUUGAUCUGGAUUCAGAAGUGAAAAAAGUCAAGAGCUCCCCGAGUGCUUUUGUUCCGAGCAAGGAUCCGUCCCUGGAUGCCUCGGGUGCCUCCCUGGACAAUGUGGAGAACGACUGCCAGCUGGGCUCCGACGGGAAUUUGGGGAAUUUGACUCCAAAACUUGUGAAUGGGAAGGGUCCAUUGGACCAUUUUAUCCAGAAGAACCCAGGAGGUGACACGAGUGACCCUGGGGACGUUCCUGACCUCUCCAAGGGCCAUUUUAUCCAGAAAAACCCAGGAGGUGACACGAGUGACCCUGGGGAUGUUCCUGACCUCUCCAAGGGCCAUUUUAUCCAGAAGAACCCAGGAGGUGACACGAGUGACCCUGGGGAUGUUCCUGACCUCUCCAAGGGCUCUGGCCACGGACUCGAGGGGGAUGUGGAUUCCAGAGCUGCCGUAACCAGCGGCACCACGAUAGGAAAAGAGCUGAACCAGCUGAGCUGCCUGAAUCCCUCACAGAGCAGCCCAGCAGGUGACUCCACGGAGACUGAGGGGCCCUGUGCAGCUGCAGCCGAGGCAGAGCAGGACCCGGGAGCUGGGAUCCAGCCGCGCUCCAGGGCGGUGGCAGGCAGGAAGGGGGCCCAGGGCGAACUGAAGGAUGUGCUCUUUGAGGGGAAGGUGCCCGUGGUGCUGCUGGAGGACAUCAUGAGCCUGAAAUCCCCCCAGGUGGUGUCUCUGGACAGCAGUGGCACAGGCUCCGAGAACGAGGCCCUGGAGUCGUCCCACGAGGGAGACUCGGGACUGAGCCACUCCUCGCUGAGCUCCGGGAGCUCGCCCGACGUGCAGCUCGUGGCAGAGGCCAAGAGGAACUCGAGUCCUUUGGCUGCCUCCACACCUGCCAGGAAGGUACCUCAGAAAUUCCACAGAAGUUCAGCAGAGAAGGAGAAGCUGAGAUUGCAAAGAGAUCAGGAGCGCGCAGACAAGCUCCAGAAGCUGCAGGCAGAGAGGGAGGAGAAGGGGAGGCUGAAGGAAGAGGCAAAAGCUGCGAAAGAACGAGCCAAGGAGGAGGCAAAGAAGAGGAAAGAGGAAGAGAAGGAGUUGAAAGAGAGAGAAAGGAGGGAAAAGAAAGAAAAGGAAGAGAAGGAGAAAGCUGAGAAGCUGCGAGUGAAGGAGGAGAAGCGCAAGGAGAGGCAGGAGGCCUUGGAGGCAAAACUUGAGGAGAAGAGAAAGAAAGAAGAGGAGAAACGGUUAAAGGAGGAGGAAAAGCGCAUCAAUGCACAGAAAGCAGAGAUCACCAGGUUCUUCCAGAAACCAAAGACUCCACAAGCCCCCAAGACCCUUGCUGGCUCCUGUGGGAAGUUUGCUCCUUUUGAAAUUAAGGAGAACAUGGUCCUAGCCCCGCUCAGCCGCGUUUCCCUGGAUCCAGACGACCUGGAGCAGCUGGAUAAGCUCCUGCGUGCCCAGAACAGCGAUGGUUCCUUCUUGAGGGAUCUGAAAUGUCGUAAACCACGAAAAACUGGGCCCACUUUGGUCAGUGACAGCAAUGACAGUGUGAACAGUGACGUGGUGGUGGUGGACAGCUGCCAGGCAGACGCUGUUCCUGAGAGGGAGAAGUUUGGCAGGAUGAAGCUCCUGCAGUUCAGUGAGAAUCACCGCCCUGCCUACUGGGGCACCUGGAACAAGAGAACCGCGCUGAUCCGUGCCAGGAAUCCAUGGGCCAAGGACACCAAACUGCUGGACUAUGAAGUAGACAGUGAUGAAGAGUGGGAAGAGGAGGAGCCAGGGGAAAGUCUCUCCCAUAGUGAAGAGGAUGAUGAAGAGGAGGGAGAGGAUGAAGACGAGGACGAUGGGUUUUUUGUACCCCAUGGGUACCUAUCUGAAGAUGAAGGUGUGACAGAGGAGUGUGACCCAGAGAACCAGAAGGUUCGCCAGAAACUGAAAGCCAAGGAGUGGGAUGAGCUGAUAGCCAAGGGGAAGAGGUUCCACGUCCUGCAGCCCGUGAAGAUCGGCUGCGUCUGGGAAAGGGCAGCGCAGGACAGCAGCACCAACACGGACCUGAAGGUGCUCCAGCAGUUCACAGCCUGUGUCCUGGAUCCACCUGUGCCAGAGGAAGAGCAGCAGACACAGAAAUGUAGCAAGAAAAGGGCAAAAGAUCAGCAAAUCCUCGGCCACCUCCUGCCGCUGCUGCACGGGAACGUGCACGGGAGCAAGGUGAUCAUCCAGGAGUUCCAGGAGUGCUGCCGCCGGGGCCGCUUCAGCGACGGGAGCCCCCCGGCAGCGCAGCCCCCGGCCGGGGAGGACGGCGGGGUCCCCUCCAAGGCCAGGCUGAAGAGGAUCAUCUCGGAGAACUCUGUGUACGAGAAGAGGCCCGAGUUCAGGAUGUGCUGGUACGUGCACGCCGAGGUGCUGCGCAGCUUCGGGCACGAGCGGCUCCCCGUGCCGUGCCGCUGGAGCUACGUCACCCAGGUGCCCUGCGCGGGCAGGGACGAGGGGGGCACCGUGCCCGCCGUGCCCGCCCCCCAGCCCACGCCCCCGGCAGCCAAGAGGAAGGCCAUGGCCAGCAUGUCCAUCACCAAGUUCAUGAAGAGACCUCGGGAUGCUGAGCAGGCUGCAGAGAUGGACGGAUUUCAGGCAGACACGGAGGAAGAUGAGGAAGAUGACGACUGCAUGAUUGUGGAUGUACAGCCAGCAAAAGGUUCUACAGCUUCAGAAUCCAGUGGCACGAGAGCUGCUGACCAGGACAGCAGCGUGGUCAGCCCAUCUAAUACAAUUUGAGACUUAAAUGCCUACUAACUCCUCUGUAUGUAUGUAGAAUGAGCUAGAAAAUUUUAAACAUUGUGUAUCUUUGACCAAGAUACUUGAAAGUAUUCCACAUUUCUUGUAAAGAGAAGACAGCACUUUGUUCUGCUUCAGACCUGAUGGAAGCUUAAAUUUUUAGUUUUAGCUUUUUAGCUUUUUUUUUUUUUUAAAUACUGCAUAUUAAUCUGUCCUUAAUAAAGCAUUAUUGAAAUUUUGAUACUUCUUUGUAAUGGAAGGUAUCUAAGUUAUCUCUAAAAGUAGCUGAGGGAUUUUGGAAUAAGCUUAUUGUGAUGCCACUGGGGAAUGACUGUUCAUAAUGUUGUACAGCGUGGCCUUGGGUAUAAAUGAUGUACAAUUAUAUAUGAAUUUAUGCUCUUGUA